UCCUCCCCCGUUCCCCUCUCCUCGCCUCUCCUGCGGUGCGGUGGAGUGCUCCAAUCCUCCUCCUCUUCUUCCUUCUUCGCCCCCACCCCCACCUCCCUCCUCCUCAACCCUACUCCGACGCGACGCCACGACACAGCAGCAGGCGGCGGGGAGCAAACGAGAACUAAAACGAAGGAAAUCGCGGCGCCCGAUUCGGUCGCGGUCGCGCGGGGGGCCGGAUUCGAUUGGAUCCUCGGAUCCCCCGCGCGCGGAGGGGAAUUCGGGCCCCAGAUCCCCGCGAUUCCGGCGCCGGCGCCGGGCAUGAGAGGCCGGAGGGCAUGCCUGUGGUUGCCCCUGGCGCGGGACGAGUGAGCCGGCGGCGGCACCAGCAACAGCAGAGGCACCAGCGGCGGCGGGUGGUGGUGGAGGAGGACCUGUGGCUGCGGCCUGAGAGGAGCAGUCGUCAAGGAGGAGGAGCAGGCGGCGGCGGCGGCGGUGGUCGGGGUGGGUGAUCCGAGGCCCGAGGUGGCCGUGCCAUGUCUCGCUGCUUCCCGUUUCCGCCACCAGGAUAUGAGAAGACCGCGCGCCCCGACGCCCAGCUAGCCUCCCACCUGCAGCAGCAGCAGCAGCAGCUUGACAAGGUUAGAUUUUAUCACAAUUAUCAUGCCAAUGGAAUUCACUUUUGAAAAACGACGUAAUACGAUUCGGCAUGGUUAAAAAACUGUCUACGUGUGUGCAAACUUGGAUGUGAGUAAAUAUUAUUGUUAGAUGUUAUUUCUGGUAGCUACCAGCUGUGGGAAAAAUAUGUUCAACCCAUCAAUAGAGAGUAGAUAAUCUUGGGUCGAUAUCUUUUCAACUAUAGUUGAAGGCAACAUGAAGAGUUAGAUCGGUUACUCUGUUUGUGUUUUGUCAUUUCAUGGCAUAGCGGGCUAUGCUUAGACAUUUAAUCAGUAUAUUUCCUGUUUUGGACUUGUUAUGUGUCCUCAUAUAAAAUCAGUGCCAGGGCUCCGUAGAUGUUAUCAUGAAAUUGCUGGUGUCAUACUACAUUCCACAUGAAUAGACACAAGUUUUCUUCUUGUUAUGUGUUUUAGACUCCACAUGAUUAAUUUUUGUUGGUUCUGAUGGUUGAUUACACUAAAUGGACAAACUAGAAAUAUGGCAGGAAGCAAUACAUUUUGGAUUGCCAGUGUCCAAGAUCAAGUUUUAACAAGUUUAUCAAUGCAAGAUUACUCCCUUGAUAGCACUGGAAUGUAUGAACUGGUUACCAGUGCCUUAAAAUCCAGAAAUGUCGUAACACAACUCAUUUAAAUAUUGUUGGCCUGUAGCACUUAUUAAGAUGGAUAAGUGUUGCCAGGAUAUUUGGAUAAAUGUUGCCUGGAGGUUUGGUUGUCAUAAGUUUUAUUGAUCAUGUUUGUUAUGUGUGCUAUGAGUAGGCUUAGCUGUAGGCUUUAGCCAAUGCAAAAAAUUAGAUGUGUAAAAGUGUGAUGAUUUAGACUUUUCAGCCAAUCACUAUUGUUUUGUGAAAUAGAUUGCUUGUCUUUCAGACCUUGCAUGGCCUGUUUAAUCCUUCUAUGCAUAUGGAGCAGCCUAAUAAAAAUGUGCAUAGGGGUUUUCCUAAUUUGUAGUUACUAUUGAAGAUACUAUAGUUAUCUUGUUCCUUUCAUUGUAGUUCAUAGGCCAAAGUUGUAGUUGGAAAACCAGCUGUCUGUUAAUCUAUUUCUAAUUUUUGAGAAUUGGGUUCAAAUGUAACAUGUCUCUUGCGCAUAUUAUAAGGUAGAAGUAUUAAUAGUGUAUCAAUAUCAAUGUAGUUCAGUGAUCUGUAUUGCACAUUGCCUACACUUAGCAGAUUUAUUGUACCGUGGAUACAACUUUAUUUACAUCUGCCACAAAUGUGAUGAGCUGAAAAAUCUGGAAGUGAACUAGUAUAAAACAGUGAAGAAGUUACUAGUAGUUACUAGUUAAUAACUUGUUAUUCAGUAUGCUUUUAGGCAGUGUGGCCUUGAAUAGUUGCGCAGAGGGAGUGUUUGAUUUCACUGUUCACCCUAAAACAUCACUGUUUAUCAGUUCGUACAUUUUAGUUAAUGGUUAUUUUAUCUACUGUAUUUCACUAGUGCAUGCUCCUGGCCUUUAUUUUGUUUUUACACAUUUGCUGGUUUUUGUGUAAUUGGCAUUUACUUGACUUGGAAACAACACUCUCAUCUCAGGAGAAACAAAAAGAGAAGAAGCAUAAGAAGGACAAGAAGGAUAAAGAUAGAAAAGAAGGUAAAGAAAAGAAGGAUAAAGACAGGAGUAAGGAUAAGCACAAAGACAAGAAAGAUCGAAAAGAAAAACACAAAGACAAGAAAAAAGACAAGAGCAAAGAUAAAAGCAGGGAACCAGGAGAAGGAAUUGAAAGAAAUGACGAGGCUCUCCGAGGUCAGAAGGUUGGAGAGAGCAGCAGGGGAUCUGAAGAAAUUAAGGAUCUUAAAUUCAGGGAGGACUUGGUCAGAAAAGUACAGGAUGAGAAAGGGGCGGCGAGUCGACCUAUUGAAAAUUAUGCUGUUUCAAAUGAUCGAAAUCGCAAAGGCUUCAGUGCUUCACCCGCAAUGGAGACUGAAAGGUCUGCACUUAAUAAAGUGCAUAUUCAGUCUAGUAAUGCUUCAAGGAAAAAUGAGGGAUUGGUACAACAGAGCAUCAAUGCUAAUCAACAAAAGAAUGGGACAUCAAUACGACAUUCUGAAAACUUCACCACUUCUGCUCAAAGAACUGCUGGUGGCUUUCCACCAGCACCUACAACAGAGGAAAAAUUCAAAGCUGCAAGGCCUUCAUCCAGUACUGAAGCUGCACCCAGAAAAGAGGGGAUUGGACAGCGAAUCAGUAACAUUAGCAUAUUGGUUCAAAAGAGAACUGAGAACACGAACAGAGAUGUCGCAAAGAAAGAAGUUGGCACCUCCUCUCCAUUGCCUCCAAAUCCUGCUAAUGCUAUGCAUAAGGGAAAUGGCAAGGUCAGUAGGCCAGUGGAGAACACACAAGCAUCCAUGCAGAGAUUUGGCAGCCCAUCGACGUCAAGUGCAGCAGGGGGGGUGGAUAGAGGAACACCUAGGUCAUCCAUCCCAAGCCCAAGCAUUACAAUACGGAGGCCCAAUGGGAUGGUACGGAUGGCUGAAAACCUUUCUGUCUCUGCUAAGAAACCUGAUGCAGGUGGACUUUCACCUGCUACGGGUAAGGAAAAGGAACAAGUUGGAAGGUUGCUGCAAGCUAAUAUUUCGAAUGAUCAGAAACUGGCUAUGUCAAAACCUCCAGCUGUGGAGAAAGCUGCAGAUGGAAGAGCUGAAAGGAUGGAGAAGGUCAGAGAUGGGGCACCUGAUAUUGCCAAGAAAGAGGACAAAAAGAGUGAUCGGCAUGAGAAAAAGAAAAGGAAAGAGAAAGAUAAACACAAAGAGAAGAAAAAGGAGAAAGAGGCAAAGAAGGAGAAAGGGGAACAUAAUCACAAAGAGCAUGAUAAGACAAGAGAGAACAAUAUAAGUUAUCCAAUAGAUAGUUUUAACUUGAAGCCCUCGGUCCCUCCUUUAGCCCCAGCAGUUGAUGAUGGAAAAUCUGUUGUGCCUGAUGAGAACCUGAAGAAGCGAAAGAAUCAUGAAAUGAAUGGUUACUUACAAAACAAUCUUGAAAUGCGGCCUACAAAGUUGCCGAGACCAGCCCUCCCCAGCAAUCGUGUGGAGAAUGGUACAGCAUCUCAUGUAGCCGCGCCACUUUCUUCUGUGAAGCCAGAAGCCAUAAAUAUUGAAAAGGCUGAAAGGCUCCACAAGGAAGAGAAGAUGAAUGGCAACCAACAGGCUCAGCGAGCUCCAGUCGAUCCGGUGGCUGCUUAUGAGAAUGGCACAACUUCUAGGAAGUCACCUCACCCCGACUGCAAGUAUCUUAGCCAGAUAUACAGCAUUCCUGAAGCACCACAAAUGAUGGAAUUGCCUGGGCAGGAAGGUGAGGACUGGCUGUUCGACCAAGGUGGCACCCAAUCAAGGAAGCCCAGUUCAGCGCCUGAGGCUGAUGGAGUCCCCCAAGUGUGGGCUCAGGCUCUGAAAAUUGACCCUGCUGAUGUCAUUGCUUUACCAUACGUGAUACCCUUUUAGCUGAGUGACAGUCCCCUGUGAAGUAGCUGAGAACUGAGAUAUCAAUGAACAACACCACUCUGCUUAUGUCCGCUAGCUCUUUGCUACAGUUUGUGUAGCUCAGCAUGUGGGAAUGUUACCAACUUUUACAAGUAAGCUGUUGCCAUAGCUACAUGCACCCUCCUAGUCUGGGGCGUGGCCCAGCUGAGUGCUGCGUGGAGACACAAACAGUGUUGGUUGCCAAGAGGUUGGAACCUGUAACGGAGUGGUUAGGUGUUAUCGCUGCACAAUUUUGAUCUGUAAGGUGUAAUAGCAUUUUUAUAAUACCAAAAUGUACAUUAGAGAGAGGGGGCGAUGAGAGGGAAGACUUGAGAUUCUUCAUCAUUUAUAGUAGUUGGAUGGAUUUGAGCUGCUGCUGGCUGAGAUAAAUCUGCUUGUGCUUGAUUUGUUCCAAAAGUUGGCACUUGACCCUCACCUUUCCUGUGUAUAUAUAACUAUAGCUUACAUA